AUGGGCAUGCUCUACAAGGCCGCCGGCCUCUGUCUGUGGAGCCUCAUCUGGAUCGAGGCCAUCGUCAUGGCGAUAGUCACCUUUACCAUUGUCUCGCCGCUCUCGUGGCUCCUCGGGGGGCGGAUCGGGCAUGCGCGGACGCUCAAUGCCAUGGUGGACCGGCUGAUCUGGUACCACAUGGUGUGGAUGCUCGAGGUGUGGGGCGGCUCGCGGAUCGAGUUCUACGGCGACGAGCUCCCACUCCGCGAGUCUGCGCUGCUCAUCUCAAACCACAUCUUCCUCGCUGACUUUUGGCCAUUCUUCUCGCUCGCGCUCCGCAAGGGCCGCCUCGGGUGCAUCAAGAUCUUCUCCAAGAACAACGUCAAGUACCUGCCGGGCUUUGGCUGGGGUGCGUGGCUCAUGGGCUUUGUCUUCAUUCGCCGCAACUGGACUCAGGAUGCGGACCUCAUCCGCAACACUUUUGCCAACCUCAAGGCCACCGGCUUGCCCAUCUGGCUCCUCUCGCACCCCGAGUCGACCCGGAUCACCCCGCGCAAGUACGCCGAGUCGGUCGCCUACCAGAAGCAGAACUCACACCUGCCGGCACUCAAGCACCUGCUCCUCCCGCGGACCCGCGGCUUUAUCGCCACUGUCGACGCCCUCCGCGACUCGCUCCUCGAUUCCGUCUACGACCUCACCGUCGACUACCCCGAGGGUUUCCCAGGCAUGUUCAACACCGCCGCCGGCAACGGCCCGCGCAUUGUCAUCCACAUCAAGCGCUACCCCAUUGAGGAGCUGCCGCGCGAUGCCGAUGAGCUCAAGGCAUGGUGCCUCGAGCGCUGGGUCGAGAAGGACGCCCUGCUCGAGACCUUCCGCACCACCGAUGCUUUUCCGGAUCCCAUCCCCGAGCCGUUCGCGCGUCUCCCAAUGAACCUCUAG